CGUUCAGAUCGAUCGUUCAGAGACCAAGACUGGACUCUACUGGCUCUGCGCUAACUGGUACAUCAUUAUCGUGUUUCCUGUUGUCAACACAUGUAAGAAAUCAUUGUUUCCAAACACUGGAGUACAAUGAUCACAGUGGAUUUAGCAUUCCUCUUUAAUCUUCAUCAGUAUCAUCUCCUACCGAGAUCAUAGACAUCGGAUGUGGGAAAGUCAGCUCCAGCGGCCAGUGCUUUGCCAACUCACACUUUGCUUUACCUCUUCCGACCCUAGCGUAUCAGCAGCGACGCGACUUCAACCGCACUCUAUCCGGAUGAUCUCAACCUCUACCCAAUGCGCAUCACCAGCCUCAAUAUCUCAUCUCACGCACUUGCAUCCGCGAUCGAAGACACCUCCGCCGCCGCCGCAAAUGCAUCAUACGUGCGAUAGGAACCACUCGAAGUAAACAUCUGGCACGGUGGGCUCGAGAUCUUCAGCCCAGCUUUUGUCGAUGCAGAAUGUAUCGUUGGCACAGAGGUGUAUGUCAAUCAUCGAUUUUUUUUCUGGUACUUUUCAUUUCAAGCGUCCAACGUCUCCCAAAAGUGAUUCUUGCUGACUUCGCCCUCACUUUUCGCGUUUCGGUCACGGGACCCGCGGUUGCGUACGCACGCUUGUACUUAGUCAAGAUCUUGAACGUGUACGUGACGAUCCCGUCGUACAGCUUCAACGCGCGUUUCCACCCUCCUGGCUUGAUGAACACCGUCACUGGCUUCCCCGAUUUUACGAAAUGCACAGACAGAAUGUUCAGGUACCACGACCACAAAUUUGAAUGACGGUCGAGGAGUUCCAGUAGUGGUGUGCUGGCAUUGAGCAGGAAUGGGCAUAUGACGUGGAUACGACGAUUAUUGGCUGUGCACAGGAGAAAGAUAAGUGGAGCGGAGAUGAAGAGCUAGGCGGUGCGAGCCAGGUUGCGGUCUUUAAGUGUCUUGAAGGCGAUGCUUGGACUACGACGCGCGAAGAAAAGAGUACCCAGGUGAAAGAAAGGUCAAAAAGCCAAAAGGAGCAUCGUCUAUUGAAAACACACCGCUACGAUGCGCUCACUUGCCUUGAGCUUUAAGUGUCGCUUAUAUUUUUACUCUCAUGCCCAGUUA